CCAUCAGGACCCCCUCUCUGCCUCUUGGUCACCUUCCCUUCGUGCCCUAUUGGUACCCUGCCCCAUCAGCCUCCCUGUCCUGCCCCUUGGUCACCCUCUGCCCCACUGGGACCCCCUUCUGUCCCUUGAUCUAUCCCCCCCCCAGCCUAUCUACACUCUAACCCUUGCUCCCCUCUCUUAACCCCCCCAUCUGGAUUUCACCCCCUCCUGCCCCUUGCUCACCCCUUCCACCCCACCCCCAGUGCUUUACAUCAGGGGCCCUUGCUUUGGGGUGUGAGGGGCUGCUCAAGGAUUGCUGGGGCUGCUUUUCCCUCAAGUGGAAGGAUAUUGAGGAUGUAUUGGAAGAAGCAAAGAAGGCUAAAGUUUUGGCCCUUGUGGCAGUUGCUGAACACUCAGGAGAAUUUGAAAAAAUUAUCCAGCUUUCGGAAAGGUACCCAGGGUUUGUCUUGCCAUGUCUGGGAGUUCAUCCAGUUCAAGGACCUGGAUGCUGCAUUGCCACUUAUAGAACUCUAUAAAGAUAGAUUGUUGGCAAUUGGAGAGGUUGGACUAGAUUUCACUCCCAGAUUUGCCAGCACUGAUGAACGGAAGCAAGAACAAAGACAAGUCUUGAUCAAACAGAUUCAAUUAGCGAAUAGACUGGAUUUGCCUUUAAACGUCCAUUCUCGUUCAGCUGGAAGACCAACCAUUAACCUCCUAAAAGAACAAGGUGCUGAAAGGGUAUUGCUUCAUGCAUUUGAUGGGAGGCCAUCUGUGGCGAUGGAAGGAGUGAAGGCUGGAUAUUUCUUCUCCAUUCCUCCUUCCAUUAUAAGAAGUGAACAGAAGCAGAAGCUUGUGAAACAGUUGCCCUUAGAAUGUAUGUGCUUAGAAACCGACUCUCCUGCACUAGGUCCUGAAAAACAGGUGAGAAAUGAACCAAAGAAUAUUUUCAUUGCUGCAGAGUAUAUUGCCAAAAUGAAAGGAAUCCCAGUGGAAGAAGUUAUAGAAGUGACGACGCAGAAUGCACUGAAACUGUUUCCCAAACUUCAGAAAUUUCUCUGGAAAUAGACCCAGACAUGUUUAAAAUUUGCAAUUACAUUAUGUCCCAACAGCUAACAUGUGCAAUAAAAAAAAUCUGUCUUGUCCUAACUGCAGGAUUUUACUAUCAAAUAAUUCAGCAAAUAUACAUCCUUCCGGUAUCUGGUCCAGAUAUAGAUUCAUAUUAGUCACCUAAAUAAAUAUGGAAGAAGGGUCUCUCUCAUAU